AUGCACCGCGUCGUUGAUCGGGCCGAAGGGCGCAGGCAGACGACGAGGAGGAGGAGCCCGGAGCACGAGGCACGGGCGCAGGCUCACACGCAGCCUGCGCCCGCCGGCCCGGCCGAGCGCAGGGCCCCCGAGAGGAGGCACCUCGCGCACGCGGAGGUGCCACGGAGGACGCGACCACCGGCGACAACCGCCCUGGCCGUGUGCCCGCAGCAUCAGGAAUUGCCGCGCACAAGUGGUGUGGGCGCACACGUGAGGAAUCCAUUGCAUGCACCUCCGCGCGCCGCUGCGCGGGCCGGCUGCUCCAACAGAGGCCGCCAGGGCAGAAACAGGCAAGCAUUGAAGGACAUUUGGGCGCAGUGCAACCUGUGA